AUGCUCCAUGAAGAUGUUGCUAACAAUGGGCGAGAGAGAAUUUCCCAUAGCCAUGCCAUCUUUCUGUUGGAAGAACUUGUCGUCAACCUGAAAAUAGGUGGUUCUCAAACAGACUUCCAGCAGCUCCAUGAUGGCUUCGACCUGCAAGACAGACUGUUCCGUCACUGUGACAUCGUCGUGGACUUCAGUCUCUUCACUAAUGUACCAGUAGACGAGGUCCUAAAAAUCAUUGAAAACAAACUCCACGACGAUGUCACACUGACGGAACGGUCUGUCUUGCAGGUCGAAGCCAUCAUGGAGCUGCUGGAAGUCUGUUUGAGAACCACCUAUUUUCAGGUUGACGACAAGUUCUUCCAACAGAAAGAUGGCAUGGCUAUGGGAAAUUCUCUCUCGCCCAUUGUUAGCAACAUCUUCAUGGAGCAUUUUGAAAAACUAGCUCUUGACUCAGCUCCGUACAAACCAUCGUUGUGGCUGCGAUACGUGGAUGACACUUUUGUAGUCUGGCCUCAUGGUCCAGAGAGAUUACAGACUUUCUUCGACCACCUCAACAGUUUAAGGCCUUCCAUCUGCUUCACCAUGGAAACUGAGUCUAACAAUGCGAUCUAA